GUUGUAUCCACAUCUCGUAUUAUGUUCGAAUAAGACCAAAUUUACUGCCGAUACAGCUUGGUUGUUGUCAUUAGACUACAUAAACCGGAAUCUUUUAUACAAUUGUGAAAGCUCAAGCACUAUAUCCUUGAGACUUCUAGGAUGACAGUCCCAGGUAUCCAUUUCGACGAGGACGAAGAAAACGAGUCCACUGCUGAUGACGCCCUGUCACCUCUCCAACUUGCUGCGUGGCAAGGCGACUCUGCCGCUGUCUCAAGACUUCUGAUGCUAGGCGCUCAUCCCAACGAGGAACCCAGAGGGUGGUACGGGAAGACGUCUUUGCAGGCAGCUGCUCUUCAAGGCCAUCUCCAGAUCGCAGAUCUUCUCUUGAAAGCGGGUGCCGAUAUCGAUGCACCAGGCGGCAACAACGGGGGUCGCGCGGCACUUGCUCUCGCGGCGUGGGCCGGACAUGGCGUAGUCGUAGACCAGUUGCUCAACGCUGGCGCUGAUGUGAACCUGCCGCCGCAUAGGUAUAUGGGCCGUACUCCUCUUCAAGCCGCAUCAGAGUUCGGAGAUGUUAGUGUUGUUGAAAAACUCGUAAACGCAGGUGCAGAGGUCGACGGUCCAGUGGCUCAACAUUGCGGUCGCACUCCUUUACAAGCGGCGGCCGAGAAUGGGCAUAGAGAUGUUGUGGGAUUCUUGUUGAAGGUAGGAGCAAAUGUAAAUCUGCCGCCUUCCCGGUAUAGAGGCAUCACAGCACUUCAAGGCGCUGCAAUCUCUGGAGACAUAGAUAUAGUGCAAGUGCUGCUCGCGACUGGGGCGGAUGUCAACGCUGAGGGGAGUCGAUAUCAAGGAGGGGCGGCAUUGUGGCUUGCGGCCAGGGCUGGGCAUGAAGAGGUUGUUGAAAUGCUUCUUGAUGCCGGGGCAAAGAUAGACGCUGUAUCAGGUAAUCAAGGAAGGCAAUGUACAGCUCUUAGAAUAGCAAGACAGAAAGGAAGACAGAAAGUUAUAGAAGUACUAAUAAGUAAGGAAAAGUAAGGUAUAGAGAAAG